AUGAGCCCUAUCCUUUGGCUCCUACCCCCAACCAAGUUCUUGUCAGAGUCAAAAAGCAUCGCGGUCAACCCAGCAGAUCCUAUCUUCGCCGAGCUGGGUCGGCUGGCGAGAUGCCUUGUUAGGCCACAUCCAAUUCCAGGCAUGGAUUUCAGCGGUGAGGUGGUGGCGACGGGAAGCAAUGUUACUUCUGUGAACAUAGGCGAUCGUGUUUUCGGCAGGGUUGAGACGCAAAAGGGCCAAGCAGGCUGUAUGGCGGAGUAUACGAGAGCCGAAAUUGAAGGUUGCGUGCCUAUACCUCCUGGCAUUGACUGGGGCCAUGCUGCAGGGGCCGGCACGGCAGCAAUCACAGCCUACGAGAGCCUGGUGCUCAAUUCAAAGCCUGGUGACCUAGUCUUCAUCAAUGGAGGUGCAGGGGGUGUGGGAACCUUUGCCAUCCAAUUUGCGAAAGCUCAUGGGUGCAGGAUCAUCGUGUCGUGCUCAACCGCCAAAAUUGGUAUUUGCAAGGAGCUUGGUGCAGAUGAAGUGAUCGACUAUCCAAAGGAGGACCUUGUGUCUGUCCUGAAGGAGAAAGGCAAGGUCAUCGACCUGGUAGUUGACUACGCGUAUCGGGAGGAGGUGAACUUGUGCAAGGCUUCGCAUGACUUCCUGGUCGAUGGGGCAACGUUUGUUAUGGUGCCUGGGGGAAUUUCGAGUGCGAUUCUUAGGGUUGUCAGCAAGAAUUCGCUCUGUCCUCACAUGCUUGGCGGUGGGAAAGCCAAAUUUAAGGCAUAUUUUGCGAAAAGCAACCGCACAGCUUUCCAGCAGAUAUCUGAAUGGAUGGCAGCUGGGAAAGUCAGGACUGUUAUUGACUCUGUGUUUGAGUUUGACGACAUGCCUAGGGCGAUUGAGCGGAUCAAGUCUGGGAAAACAUGUGGGAAAAUAAUAGUUCACGUAUAG